AUGUGUUUUAGCUAUGAUGAAGCUUACUCUCCAGGCCAUCGUUGUAAACAACCCCACAUCUUGAUGAUUGAAUCCGAGAGCUUGUUGGACAGGGUGACUGAAUCCACCCUAGAAAUCCCAGAACCCAACUCAGAUGAAGAACACCAAUCUUUCAUUGAGAACACCACCAUACACCUCCAUGCGCUAGCAGACAGGAAACGGACCCGCGGAAGGGCAAUGCGAUUACAAGGUUCUAUUGAGGGUAUUCCGAUAAGGGUGUUCAUCGAUUCUGCGGCAGAUCGUAAUAUUCUUAACCCCAAAAUCGCCACACAGCUGAAGGGAACCAUUGAUGCUAAGAAGACAGAAAAAAUAGUGGUUGCCACGUGUCAAUCUUAUAGCACAAAAGGUAUGGUUUAUGUUGUGCAAGUAAAACUCCAGGCCUAUGAAUUCCAAGAGACAUUGGGACUCAUUGGCUGGCAUUUCAAAGAUAAAAUCAUGGAAUUUACAAUGGAUGGCAACAAUUAUCGUUUGCUAGGCAACAAGGGUAAUGAGAGCUAUGCCAGCCCACCAAAAUCUGCAGUAUUGGCUGUGCUUGAGAAAGAUGAGCAAUUUCUACAUGCCCUAGCAACCCACGGGAUCAUGUGUUCCACUCCAUUGAGUGUUCAAGGCUUAUUAAAGCAAUUUUCUGAUUUGUUUGAGGAAUCUCUAGGGUUACCACUCUCUCGUGCCAUUGAUGACCGUAUUUCAUUGCUGCUAGGUACCGGACCUAUGAAUGUCAUGCCAUAUCGAUACCCAUAUUGGCAAAAAGCUGAAAUUGAGUCUCAAGUGAAUGCUAUGCUGCAAGAUGAGAUAAUUAGGAGAAGUUUGAGUCCUUUCUCCUCCCCAAUACUACUGUCAGCAAGAAAUAAGGGACUUGGAGGUUCUGUGUUGAUUAUCGCGCUCUAA